AUGGGUCGCUGGGGACAUCGGGUCUUCGAAGGAGACAAUGAUCUGGAUCUCAAAUCGGAUAUCAUUGGUGCCAUCAGAGAGAAACUCAAGGCCAAACCUAUCACCUUCGAGGAAGACGAUCUGGAAAACCUCUUCAGCUGCAAGGCCAACCCGAACAAGCAGCAGACACCACUUUCCACGAGCACCCAAAAGCUUCGUGAUGAUGUCAAUUGCAUCAGCGACGAGUUGUUUGAAGACUUUCGUCAGAAGGAAGACCAGUUUUACGGCGAAUAUAUUGUUGUCAUACUCGGAGCAGUUAUGAUGGAAGCAGGAGUGAGAAUUUCCACGGAGAACAUGACCUACCUUCGUCAGGCGGCAGAAAAGGUUGAAAGCUAUCCUGGUUACCGGCUGCCAAUCGGAGAUCUCGGCUUCCGUGACCCGGGCAUGGCACAGUUUCUCGCUGCCCUCAGUCAUUAUCAAGAUGGUGAGCCACGGGACUGGGAUGGACCAAGCUGCUUCUACUGCGGCUGUAUCCAACAGGACAUCAACCCGCGAUCUCUCUUGAAAUGCGGUCGUUGCAAGCAGGCUUGGUACUGUGGCAAAGAGUGCCAGAAGGCGAAUUGGAAGAACCACAAGCUCAUCUGCCACAAAGACGGUAUACCACCAAUUACCCCUGGGGGAUUCACAAUGCUGAACGUCUGAGCACUGUGAGAAAGGAAGGUUUGAAAUGAGAGACAACCACACAACCCACCGAGAGAUGAAAUGCAGAGAUAUAACCAGGGGUCCUCGAGUGUAGGAGGGAUUGAAAUGAAGGAAAGUUGAGUGAAC